UUAUAAAUAGGUUACGUCCAAACACUUUUUAGCUGCACAGUCAGGCUCACAGUAUGCUCUGCACCAGCUACGCUGAUACUACUAUAGAAAGAGGUGAAUUAACAAGUUGACAUCCAUCUCCUGCUGAGAAACAGAAUUUCCUGCUGUGAACACAGAUUUUUAUGAAAACAAUGAGUCAAGUAAGAGAGAGGCCAUAUCAGUGCUCUGAGUGCCGGAAAUGUUUUACGUUGAGAUCAAGCCUCAGAGAUCACAAGAGAAUUCACACUGGGGAGAAACCAUUUAAAUGUUCAGAAUGUGACAAGUGCUUUUCACAAAAGAUUGCUCUUACUCAGCACAAGAAGAUUCACACAGGAGAAAAACCAUUUUCCUGCUCUGAAUGUUUUCUGUCUUUUUCAAGAAAGAAAACGCUAAUCGUUCAUCAGAGAAUUCACACCGGAGAGAAACCUUUUAAAUGUUUACAAUGUGACAAAAGCUUCUCUCAUAAACUUAGUCUUGUUGCACACCAGAAUACUCACACAGGAGAGAAGCCAUUUAAAUGUUCGGAAUGUGACAAAUGCUUCUUACGAAAAUCUAAUCUUACGCAGCACCAUAAGAUUCACACAGGUGAAAAGCCAUUUAAAUGUUCAGAAUGUAACCAAUGCUUCUCACAAAAGCAACAUCUUGUUAAACACCAAAAGAUUGGUUUAGGGGAAAAUAUGCUUAAAUGUUUCACUCGCAGCUUCAGUCUUGAUAAAGAUCAGAAGAAUAACAAAGAUGAAAAGUCAUUUAGAUGUUUAGAAUGUGACAAGUGCUUCUCAGAAAAGGCUAAUCUUAUUCGACACCAAAGAAUUCACACAGGAGAGAAGCCAUUUAGAUGUUGUGUGUGUGACAAGAGUUUCUCUAAUAAGACAAAUCUUGAACAUCACCAAAUGAUCCACACCGGAGAGAAGCCAUAUGCAUGCCCUCAAUGUGACAUGAGCUUCUCACAAAAGUCUAAUCUUACUCGACAUCAGAGGGUCCACACAGGAGAAAAGCCAUAUAAAUGUUCAGAUUGCGACAAGUGUUUUUCAAACAAGGCAAAUCUUAUGGAACACCAAAGGUCAAUACACAAAAUGGAAGGUAUUUUUGUGUUCUGAAUGUGAUAUAUGAUCAAAAGGAACACAUGAAAAAUAAGAAUAUUUGUGAUAUGCGAAAAAGAGUCUAUUUGCAAUGCAGUUAAAAAGUUACCCCCACUUUGGUGAAAAGCCGAUUAGAUGUUUAAAUUGUGACAAAUGCUUCUUAAAAAUUGGACAUCGUAUUUGACACUGGAGAAUUCACACAGGUGUGUAAAAGUUUUCUGAAGAUUUUGACUGAAUUUUCUCGUACAAGGCAGAAUUUAAGAAAUUUCAAUAUUUAUUAAAGUGAUAACUUGACGUGCAAGCUAACUUGGAUCCAACAUCAAAAACUUUGCCAAUAAAUAAAGCCAUUUCAAAAUGAGGAUUUUUUCCAAGUAGUUUAUAAAAUAUCCCCACCUGGACCUACAUCACAAUUCAUGAGAGCAUCAUAAAAUAAUUACAAUGGCUUAAUACAUUUUUUUUUUUUAGAGAAGUUCAGUUGUAAAGAUGUACACAGAUAUGAUUCAAUUGUGUGGGCGUACCUAGAAACAAAGACUUGGAGAAGUCCAUUAAAUCUGCCCUUGUGUUUUUUUGUUUUUUUUUACCUGAAUGGGUACAAAAUAAACUGUGUACUUAUAGAAAUCAUUAACGCUUUGGUUUCAAUUAAUAUAAAAUGAAUGAUCUCAAACCAUGUAUAAAAAGUUAGAAUUUUGAUCUAUGUAAUUUAAGUAGGACCAAAUAUGUUGGCUCCUUCCUACUAUAUUCCAAAUUAAAAGAUACAACUUGGCAAAAGUCCAGCUUUACAUGGUUAGUCACAACAAUGACACGUUACAUAUGUAGCUCCUGGCUUCUUAAAUUUCUUGUAUAGUCCAACAGUGAAACAUAUUCUCUAUUUGGACUCUAUUCAUGCCUAUAUGGGAAUUUUAGGUGC